GUGGCUUUUUCUGACGUCAUCAUACUGCGCCAUAUGUUGACAGCGUACAGUCGGUAACAGCUCGGGAGACGGAAGAGAGUGGAGUAGAAACCAAUGCUGUCAUUUGUCUGCAGCUCUUGUGGCUUCACACAUGAUGAGUCGUGAUGAAGAAACGUAAAGUAGCUGCUGUCUUCCUCAUCCUUGGCUUCCUGCUUGUCUACCUCAUGUUUAUCCUUCAUCGUGACAGCAGCUACAAGUAUGAAUUCUUCUCUAAAAUUAAAGUGUACUCUAAACUGGGAGCCGGCUCCAGUCUGGAUAAUAUACCCAGUGUCAACACUGCCUCCAACUUUAGCGCUGACCCUUUGCGGGACACUGUCUCCACCAGUACUCCACAACCUCUUGGUUUAGAACAUGAGGAAAAUGGUGAGAGCUUUCAGUACGGGAUAAUGUUUGAUGCCGGAAGCACUGGGACCAGGAUUCAUGUUUUCAAGUUCCAGGUGGUUGAUAAAGAAAUUCCUAGACUGAAAAAUGAGACGUUCAAAGCUAUCUCACCUGGUCUGUCUGCGUACGCUGAUGAUCCUGAUGCGUGCACACCAGGGAUCAUGGAACUUUUGGAGGUGGCCAAGACCAGUGUCCCUCAGUCCCUCUGGAGUGUGACUCCUUUGGUGCUAAAGGCCACGGCGGGUCUCCGUCUCCUGCCUGGACAGUUGGCCGACAAGUUGCUGGACAAGGUGAGGGCGUUGUUUCAAGAGUCUCCAUUUCCCUCCAAAGAAGAGAGCGUGUCUGUCAUGGACGGCACGGAUGAAGGAAUUUCUGCCUGGAUCACCGUCAACUUCCUCACAGGUGGUCUUCAGAGUUCCGACUCCUCCACAGUGGGGAUACUGGAUUUGGGCGGAGGUUCGACUCAGAUCACCUUCAGCCCAAAGGAUGAGAAAACCAUCCAGAUCUCACCUGUUGAUGACAUCAGAUCCUUCCAGGUGUUUAAUAAAACACACACACUCUAUGCGCACAGUUACCUGGGUCUGGGUCUGGUGUCGGUCCGAAGGGCCAUCUUAGAAAACCCUGACUUUGGCAGCACGGUCGUGACCAGUAUCUGCAUGUCACCAGACUUUGAGACCACAUUUGAGCAGGCUAACAUCAUUUACACUCUUAAAGGACAGAAAGCAGGGGAACCUGCUUAUGAACCAUGUCGCACCAAGAUGGAGAAGUUUUUAUACAAGAAGGUGACGAAGGUGUCUGAGGCUGCUGACCUCGACUUCUACGCUUUCUCCUACUAUUAUGACCUCGCAGCUGAGCUCAACCUCAUUGAUCUGAAGAAAGGAGGAACUUUAAGGGUUUCAGAUUACACCACAGCAGCUCAAAAAGUGUGUGGAAAUCUGGUCACAAGUCCACCUAAAAUCCCGUCCUUGUGUUUGGACCUACUCUACAUCUCAGUCCUGCUGCAAGAGCUUGGGUUCCCUCUGGACAAAGAGCUGAAGUUGGCCAGGACCAUUAAUGACAUGGAGACGAGCUGGGCCCUGGGGGCCACGAUCCACUACAUGGAGACUUUGGGGUGAUUCUAAUCUUAAUCCUGGUUCUAGUCUUAGUCAAACUGUUACACCUGCUCCGAUCACACUGAUGACAUCACUGCCAACCGUUGGCAGAGACGUUGGCACUUUUAUUACUCCUCCUGGGUCAUGUGACAUUUGGGUCUGGUACUGUACUGCUGCUCUAUAUUCCUGUGACGUCACUGAUCUGAACACUCUUUGUCAGGUUUUAAAAUUCAUUUUGUAUUUGUAGGGUAUUUGAAGUCUUUGAAGUUAAUCUGGUUGACUUGAAGGAAAACAGUGAAUGUGUUUAUUUUGUUUUAUUUUAUUUGGGGAGGGAGAGUGCUUUUUUUCUACUGGUUUCAUACAUUUGAAUCGACAGCAAAUCUGAUUGUUUCAUUACGGUGCCAAAAAUAGUUUCAGGUGGAUAAGAAAAAAGUUGAUUUACAGAAUAAAACUUGGUUAUUUACACUAAA